AUGUCUCUGUUAUGCACAUUUUUUGAGGAGACUGUUACUAAUGAAACAUUCUACAUAUGCCUAAUAGAUGAAAAAUUCAUUCCUCCUGUUAGUGUUAUGGACAUAAUUGGAGAGCAUGCAGUAGGAAAAACGUGGGAGGAUGUACAGGAAGUCAAAUUUCAUCAUUGUGAGAUGUCAAAAGUGCCGCAAGGUCUUACAAAACUGGUACCGAAUAUGACAAAUUUAACAAUUUGGUCAUCAUCUCUGAAAAAUGUUAACAAAAAUGAUUUAGCCGAGUACAAAUUUCUGAAGAAAAUUUACUUUAUGCAUAAUGAGAUUGAGUUCCUGCCUGGUGACUUAUUUGAAGGCUUUACAAAUUUGGAAGUAGUUUCGUUCAUGGGAAAUAAAUUGAAAAUCAUCGAACCAAACGUUUUCGAUAGUUUGAAGAAGCUCAAGCACGUAAAUCUUAGCAAGAACAAUAACUUCAAAAAAUUUUAUUCAAAAUAUCCAGAAUAUAUAAACAGAAAUGCAACACUUGCUGAACUUAAAGGUGAAGUCAAUCACGUCAUUUGCAAGAAUUUUCAACUUUACAAAAAUAUCACUCAAAAGGAGGCUGAAAAGCAGCAAACCAUUUUUUACGACAUUAACAAGUUGAUUACAGAUGACAGCUAUAAAGACUUUAAAAUUCAAAUUGGCGAUCAAAUAUUUUCCGUUCACAAAUUCAUACUUGUUGCUCGAAGUUCAACUUUUGCUGAAAUUAUUAAAAAGAAUCCAGAAGUUGAGAAUAUAAAUUUAUAUGGCAUACCUAAUGACAUUUUUGAAAAGGUCCUAAAAUAUAUUUACACUGAUGAGUUUCCGAAUGUUGAUGGAUUAAAUUUAUUGCGUCUUUUUGCUGCCGCCGGUCGAUUAAAAAUUAAUGAAUUGAAGAACUUUGCAGCUACACAAAUAUUAGGAACUUUAAAUGCUGAUAAUGCAAUAGAAGUCCUUAAAUUAAGCAAUAGAUUUAGCCAUGAUGAAUUGCGAGAUUUUUCAUUUGAUGAAAUUAAGAAAAAGUUCCCGAAAAUUUCAUUUAAAGACAGGUGGAAACACGAGCCAGAUACAGUGCAGAUGAUAACUGAUAGAUUCAUGGAAAAGGAGGAAGCAAAGAGAUUACUUGAUCAGGAAUUUGAGAAAAUCAGACGGCUUCGUUAA